GGCCAUGGGGUGGGAUAGGCAAGUGACGGAAUUUAAUGAUGUAGUAGGGCGCGAGUAUGGGGACCCGAAAAAGUGGCCAAAGUUUCAUACGGAUGAUAUUACCUGCGCGGACGUAAAGCUUGGCGAAGGUGUCGUUACAGCAACAUACUCCGGAGAGAUUAUUUUUUGGAAGUUAGAGACUGGUCAACCAUAUCGGCGGUAUAGCGUAAUGGACCCAACACGCUUUAUUGAGUUAAAACUAACGGCAGAAGAAGAAAAGUUCAUUCGGCAAAGUAAGCGACUGGCAUCAAGGCUGACUCAUUCAGGUAAUCACGGCAUACAAUCGGGACGGGCAGGACGUUCCAAUGUUUUAAAUCGACCAGAGGAUAACAGAGACUAUGGGACCGAUAUACCUAUCUCUGUACAAGCUGUGCUCUUCUUACAGACUCGCCCUCAAACCUUGAAACACGGCAGUGUAUUUAUUUCUCUUGAUACAGGUUUUAUUCAAGUGUACUCUCACCAUCAACGUGGAGGCUACAUGGUGGAGUUUCUGGCUGUACACAAGACAGGUGACUGUGUGCUUACCAUGUGUACUGACCGUAAGAAUAGGUACCUUUACACAGGGACCGCAUUCGGUUACAUUAAAGUAUGGUACAUUGUAAAUUUUUGCCGUAGCUACUUCCAAGACCGUCUCCUCUCCUCUCUGCAUCUGAAUAUCCCACGACAGCCGUAUCCCGCUACAGCCGUAGCUACUUCCAAGACCGUCUCCUCUCCUCUCUGCAUCUGA